AAAAUUGAAAAAAAAAAAAAAAAAAAAACUGAGAAAAUACACUACUGUGUGUACGGGUGCGAAGAAGUUGAAGGGAAGGCCCCACAAAAUUUCAACGUGUUUUCAAUCCAAAGACUUAAGAAGAAGACCAUUUAACGAAUUGAUUAAUUGACAGACCAGAAGAGAGCAAAUUGGAAGAAUGGCCGAGCUACUCAAUUCGAUACUCGAUUUCUUCUCGCUUGAAACCUUGGAUACAAGAUUGUAUCCGCCAACCAAUCCAGUUAAAAAACAACAGGUGAUAAAUAAAGCCAAUGCCAAAUCUAAAUGGAAUACUUUAGAGUUUAAGGUUUAUAUCGCUAUUUUUGCGGUGACGGUUCCCUUGAUGUAUAAGACUGCUAUGGAUGCGUCGAACGAAACCAAUCCGAAUUAUCCAAAAUUUGCUCGAUUAUUAAGUCAAGGAUGGUUAUUUGGCCGUAAAGUUGAUAAUUCCGAUCAGCAGUAUCGAUUUUUCAGGGAUAAUUUCCCAUUAUUGAUGGGGUUGAUUUUUCUUCAUUAUUCAAUCAGACGUAUAACCACCCCAUUAUUACAUAUUAAUAAGAGAACAUAUUUUGAUUUUGGAUUUGGAUUAAUCUUUUUAUUUGCAGCUCAUGGUACUAACAGUUUAAGAAUCUUGAUUUUUGUCUUGAUUAAUUAUCUGAUUUCAAAAUUUGUACCUAAUUAUAAACUCGCGUUGGGGUUGACUUGGUUCUAUGGUAUACUGACUUUGUUCAUUAACGAUAAGAUGUAUAACGUUCCAUUUGGAAUAUCUUUUAUUGAUCAUGGAUUCAAAGGGAUAAUUGAAAGAUGGGAUGUUUUCUAUAACUUCACUUUGCUCAGAAUGAUAUCUUUUAAUGCCGAUUAUAUUGAGAAAUUAACCGAAGCAAAGGAUUCAUCAAAAGAUGAAGAAGGUAAAUUAACCAACUCAUCUAGCUCUUUGAAUCUUUCGACUCUUGAUGACAGAGAAAGAUUGAAAGCUCCUUUACCAAUCAGUGAUUAUAACGUAGUGAAUUAUCUUGCUUAUAUCACUUAUGCACCAUUGUUUAUAGCAGGCCCAAUUGUUACUUUCAACGACUAUAUUUAUCAAUCAAACUACCAACAAUUACCAUCGGUUAAAAAUUAUAAACGUAUUUUUGUUUAUUUUGCCAGAUUUUUGUUUUGCGUAUUGGUGAUGGAAUUUCUUUUACAUUUCAUGUAUGUGGUUGCAGUUUCUAAAACAAAAGCUUGGGAUGGUAAUACCCCUUUCCAAAUGUCAAUGUUGGGGUUAUUUAACUUAAACAUCAUCUGGUUGAAACUCUUGAUUCCUUGGAGACUAUUUAGAUUCUGGAGUUUACUCGAUGGUAUUGAUCCUCCAGAAAAUAUGAUUAGAUGUAUGGAUAAUAACUAUUCUGCAUUGGCUUUUUGGAGAGCAUGGCAUCGCUCCUACAACAGAUGGAUCAUAAGAUAUAUCUACGUUCCUCUUGGUGGAGGUGGUAAAUACAGAAUUCUUAAUUCUCUCUUGGUAUUCUCUUUUGUUGCCAUUUGGCACGAUAUUGAAUUGAAAUUAUUAAUGUGGGGGUGGUUAGUUGUUUUCUUUUUGCUUCCAGAGAUUUUGGCCACAAUCUACUUCCAACGCUUCAAAGAAGAAUGGUGGUUCAGACAUGUCUGUGCCGUUGGGGCUGUAUUAAACAUCUGGAUGAUGAUGAUUGCAAAUCUUUUCGGUUUCUGCUUGGGUAAAGAUGGUACCGUUGCAUUACUACAAGAAAUGUUUAGCACUUUACGUGGAUUCGAAUUCUUCGUAUUGUCCCUGAUCGCCUUGUUCACCGGGGCCCAAGUAAUGUUCGAACUAAGAGAAGCAGAAAAGAGAAAAGGUAUUGAUGUUAGAUGUUAAGCUAUAUAUUUGUAUGUAAAUGUAAAAUGUACGGGUGUGAAUCAAGACAAAACGG